GGGGCUCUGCCCUCAUCUACUCUGUCUCCCCUCGGCGUGGGGGGCUCGGGGGGACUCCCCCAACCCUGCCUGCCGGCCAUGCCUCCUCCCCCCUCCUCCUCCUCCUCCUCCCUCCAGCUGGGCUCCGGGGGCCCUCUACCCUCCUCCUCCUUCAUGGGGGGCCUCGGGGAGGCGGCGGGCGGCGGGGGUAGCUCCUCCAAGGCUCUGGACGAGAAGUUCCCGUUCUCCUCUCAGGACAUCGCCAUGGCGGAGGACGUGCUCGCUCAGAUGGCGCAGAUGGCCGGGGACAGGAAGGGAGGCAUGGCCUCGCUUUCUUCGUCGUCUUCAUCCCCGUUUGGCGGUGGCUCGUCGGAUUCCGGUCUCGGGGGCUCUGCGCCACCGCCUCUUUCCCAGCCGUCUGCGUCUUCGUUGUCAUCAUCGUUGUCAUCAUCCUCCUCAUUGCAGAUCCCGCCGUUAUCUUCAGACAAUCUCUUAGGCAGCAAUAUCAACAGUGGCAGCAGUAACAGCAGCAGCAGCACUUCCGGUGUGGCCUCAACUAGCGUCGGUGCGGCCAGCAACCCACCACCACCACCUCCGACCUGUCUAGCAGGCAGCAGCAGUAGUAGUAGUAAUAAUAACAACAGUACAGUCGCAGCCUUAUCAUCUUUGUCGUCGGCGCUAUCAUCAUCAGCCUCAUCCUCAUCAUCUUCUCAACAGCAGCAGCAGCAGCAGCAAGGGCGCCUCACCCCCAGUGGUCAGGGAGCCCGUGCGGCCACGCCCAGCUCGACUUCCGUACAUUCCUCCUCCCCGCAGGGCUCCACGCGGGGCGACGGCGCUGAGAGUAACAACGAGGACGAGGAUGACGAGGUCGCGGGGGGCGGGGGAGGUCACCACCACCACCACAAGGACUCCAGCGGCAGCAGCAGCAGCAGCAAGUACUCUCAGGACAUCUUCACCGUCUCCGCCACCAAGGAGCUGGGUCUGGUGCUCAAGCGCAGCUCGGUGGACGCCUCCCUCCUGCAGAAGCCUGUCAAGCCCGCUGUGGUCACGCUGGAUGUCUCCAUGGCCGGCGGCCGCAUCAUGGAGCUGACCAAAGGUCAAGGUCUGGUCCACCGCAGCCUCAGCAGCAUCCUGGGCGAGGACCACCCUCCCCCACACCCACCGCCCGCCCCCACACCCGCGCUGCCCAAAGACUCGCUCAACCCACCCACGCCCAGUGUCUAUCUGGACAACAAGAAAGAUGCCUUCUCCAUCCAGCUGCAGCAGUUCUGCCACCAGCAGCCGGUCGUCGUUAUACGAGGGAUUGCCGGGGCACUCAAACUAGAUUUAGGUUUAUUUUCUACCAAGUCACUAGUUGAAGCCAACCCUGAACACCCCGUGGAGGUCAGAACACAGUUAUUGUGUUGCAAGUCCCGUAAAACACUACUGAAAACUAAACUUCUCCUCUCGUCUCUCUCGUCCAGGAAAAAGUUCAAGACGAUUAAGUUUGGCACCAACGUGGAUCUCUCGGACGAGAACAAAUGGAGGCCACAGCUUCACGAGCUGACAAAGCUUCCGUCGUUCUGCCGCGUGGUGUCGGGGAACAACAUGCUGAGUCACGUGGGGCACACCAUUCUGGGGAUGAACACCGUGCAGCUGUACAUGAAGGUGCCGGGACUGUGAGUGGUUCUCUGUGCCCGAGCAGUACUGGGGCGUCAUACAGGACAUGUGUGAGAGGAACAGCGUGAACUACCUGCACGGCUCGUGGUGGCCCAUCCUGGAAGAUCUUUACGAGGAGGACGUCCCCGUCUACCGUUUCAUCCAAAAACCUGGCGACCUGGUGUGGAUCGGGCCGGGCACCGUCCACUGGGUGCAGGCCAUUGGCUGGUGCAACAACAUCGCGUGGAACGUGGGCCCGAUCACGUACCGCCAGUACACGCUGGGCGUGGAGCGCUACGAGUACAACAAGCUGCAGAGCUACAAGUCCAUUGUGCCCAUGAUCAGCCUCUCCUGGAACCUGGCGCAGAACCUCGGAGUCACCGACAUCAAAAUCCACGAGGCCAUCAAGACGACCUUAAUGCGGUCGCUGCGCCAGGUACAGAUGACUUUGGACUUGGUGGAAGAGCUGAAGAAAGAGGUCAAAUGGCACGGGCGGACGACAGAAGAGCCGGCUCAUUACUGUGAAGAGUGUGAGGUGGAGGUGUUCAACAUCCUGUUUGUGACGGAGAGCGACGGCCAGUUCCUGGUGCACUGCCAGGACUGUGCCAGGAAGGCCAGCCCGUCUCUGGACAACUUUGUAGUGCUGAACCAGUACACCACGGAGGAGCUGGUGCAAAUCUACGACACCUUCAAGCUGCAGAAC